AUGAUUGUCAGAUCUCAAGGCAUCCGAGGCAGCUCCAGGGGCUUCAGCAGUGGGUCAGCAGUGGUGGGUGGGGGCAGGCGGGCUGGCUUCAGUUCUGCCUCCAUCUCUGUCGGUGGAGGCCGUACUUGCUCUUCUGGAGGCUUUGGCAGCAAGAGUCUCUAUAACUUUGGAAGGAACAGGAGCAUCAGCACGGCAGGGAGCCGGCAAGGGGCUGGCUGUGGAUUCAAUGCUGGAGGCUUUGGUGCUGGAGGCUUUGGUGCUGGAGGCUUUGGUGGUGGAGGCUUUGGUGGAGGCUUUGGUGGGGCGUUCAAUGGCCAAGGGGGAUCCAACUUCCCUGUGUGCCCUGCUGGUGGGAUCCAAGAGGUGACCAUUAACCAGAGCCUGCUGACCCCACUCCACCUGGAGAUUGACCCAGAGAUUCAGAAGGUGCGGACAGAGGAGCGGGAGCAGAUCAAAACCCUCAACAACAAAUUUGCCUCCUUCAUUGACAAGGUGAGGUUCCUGGAGCAGCAGAACAAAGUCUUAGAGACCAAGUGGAAUCUCCUGCAACAGCAGACAACUACCACAUCUAGCAAAAACCUAGAACCUUACUUUGAGACCUAUCUCAGUUGCCUGAGGAAGAACCUGGACAGCUUGCUCAAUGACAAGAGUCGCCUACAGUCUGAACUGAAGACUAUGCAGGACAGUGUGGAAGAUUUCAAGCACAAAUAUGAGGAAGAGAUCAAUAAGCGUACAGCUGCUGAGAAUGACUUUGUGGUCCUCAAGAAGGAUGUAGAUGCUGCUUACAUGAACAAAGUGGAGCUGCAGGCCAAGCUGGAUGCCCAAAAUGAUGAGAUCAACUUCUUGAGGGUCCUUUAUGAAAUGGAACUGUCCCAGAUGCAGACCCAUGUCAGUGACACCUCUGUGGUCCUCUCCAUGGACAACAACCGAUCGUUGGACUUGAACAGCAUCAUUGCUGAGGUCCAACUACAGUAUGAAGAUAUCAUCCAGAAGAGCAAGGCAGAGGCUCAAAAUCUGUACCAGAACAAGGUCCAGCAGCUUCAGAAUUCUGUUGACCUGCAUGGUGAUAGCCUGAAGAAUACCAAGAGUGAGAUCUCUGAGAUCAACAGGAUGAUUCAGAGGCUUCGGGCUGAGAUUGAGAACGUCAAGAAGCAGUGCCAAACUCUGCAGACAUCAGUGGCCGAUGCUGAACAGCGUGGGGAGCUGGCCCUGAAGGAUGCCCUCAGCAAACAGACUGAGCUGGAGAGUGCCCUGCGGAAGGCCAAGGAGGAGCUGAACCGACUGCUGCGAGAAUAUCAAGAGCUGAUGAACGUCAAGCUGGCCCUGGACCUUGAGAUUGCCACUUACCGGAAGCUGCUGGAAGGAGAAGAGUGCAGGAUGUCUGGAGAAUGCCAGAGUGCUGUAAGCAUCUCUGUGGUUGGUGGCAGUGUCAGCUCUGGAGCCCUCGGAGGAGGAUUUGGAGGCCACUCUGGCCUUGGGCUGGGCAGUGGUUUAGGUAGCGGAAGCGGCUUUGGGAUUAGCGGUGGCGGCUCUAGCACCAAGAUCGUCUCCUCCUCCAGCCUAACCAAGAGGACCGGCCGAUAAUGGCGAGAUGGCUCCCUGUACCCACCUGAGCACACUGCAACCCUAUCUCCUCAGUUUCUGUGCCUCUUUCACCUGAAGCUCCUACCUCUGCCCCAUGCCCUCUGGGCCUGGCUCACAGGAACUGCUUGAGGAUGAAAGAAUCCUUUUUUCUCCCCCUUUCCAAGGAUAUCCGUGAGGGGAUAGUGUCUUUGGCCAACUUUUUCUGGGUGUUUUAUUGCCUUAUUGCUGCUGUGGGCUGGCAUCCUGACUGGACCAGGAGGAAGUUAUCACUUGACUCUUCAUCUUGGUCAGAUAGAGGAGAAAAAUAACUAGGAGAUUUUUUCCUCCUCCUUUUAAGUAAUCAUAACCUUUUCUCAAUAAUGUGCGCCAUCUCUUACUCAUAAAUGGCACUUCUCAAUCUCUUAACCAGAUAUGCAAUCUUCUAGCCAGACCAUGGUAGGCUUUGCAUUCUUCCAAACAGACAUGCCCUUUCCCACCCAGAUACGCUUUCUUCCACCCAGAUCGGGGUUUGUUUACGUUCCUACAAUCAGAUACACCUUCUCCCACUUAAAAUAAGUGAUCUAAUAUUUUUGCCUCAUUUAUGCCAGUUCAAAAUUCAUUCUCCAUCACCAAAAAGUAAAAGUCCUGGUUCUUCAAGGUUGACACACAGUCAGUUGUCCUUUA